GUCGCAAAAUCGUUAACCUAGAAAGUUACUUCAAUGUAUUUUAAUUCCAAUUCCUACGCUGGCGCAUUGCCGGCAAACUAAAAGUAGAACAACCGUAUUUGGUCUAUCUGCCUGUAUUUUCUUUCUCUCCCUCCGGCUUUCGUUCAUGUUUUCCUUCUCCAACAUCCGUCCGACUCUUCUUAUCACGUAGCUUGAUGAUUACCGACAUUAGACACCCGAGAAACGUCAUCAGUCUUCCCGCCUUUACAACAAAAACAUAACAUCUUAACAUAACUAUCAGAACAUUUCACUUCCACUCGAAGAAACCCCGAAGAAAUCUCCAAGCUACCCGGUGGCGCUUUCGCUUCUUUCUAAUCAAUAUUAGGGUACGUUGGCCGAUUCUAUGUCUGCCAAUUAUGUUUUGCUUCUUUUAAUUGUCUUCAUCGGAGGCUCUUACGGUCUUACGGACGCCCGGAUCGUAAGAUCUGGUAUUAUCAUCUACAUACUUGAUCUACUCUUUUCACUUCCACAUAUGAGAAACCGUGUGAGAACCCCCCUUGUCGACAGGGGCCAGUUCUCAUCUCUGAAGCCUUAUUCUACUAUGUUUUUCAUGGAAUAGGGGAAGCACCAUAAAAAAAUUGGCUGUGCAGUCUCCGGGGAAUUAUCACUGCUUAUGGUCCAGUGGCCAGCUAACCAUCUAAAUUACUCAUUCAUUCCAAUUGAUUACGAUGAUUCUCAUCACAUUACAUGUCAUCACACUGAUGAUCUAGGGCCUCAUCAAGACUCACACCUUUACACCCGUUCUCUUUUUGUUUCUCUUGACUAGCUGUCUAACAUGUCUUGUCCUGUCACGACUCUUGACUCAUGAAGAACCAAAGUCUCAAGCUAGAGAUAAUUUCCAUUUGUAACAUGCCUUCACCCAAAUCUUGACUCGCUUAGGUUUCCCCAGUCUCCCCGCGGAAUGUUUCACCUGCGAGCUUCCAUUCGUUCGAUUUACUAGUGAUCUUCGUACUCUCUCUCUCUCUCUCUCUCUCUCUCUCUCUCUCUCUCUAUCUCCCUUCGACCACCGUUUCAGUGCAAUCCUUCCAACAACCUAUUUUCCCCUUUUCCUUUAAGAAUUUACCAUUAAUAUCUUAUUGUUACAGCUCUUACCGCUCGAUAAUUCGA